GAAAAAUAAAAACCUUUUGAAAUUUAUGUAACCAUUAGAGGGAGCAACAUAAGGCCUUACAAUUUGGUGGUCAGGCAGGUUAUAUAAAAAGGUUAUUUUGAAAUGGCAUUGCAUGCUCUGCUGAGACCAAUUACAGCAACAACAACUAGACCUAAUGUAAUAGCAUCAACAUCAAUCAUUGGAAUAAUGCGAAAGCAACCUUGCUCAAACAUGGCAGCCUUCCAUGACGUUUUUAAAAAGGCCAAACAUAUAGUAGCAUUAACAGGAGCAGGGAUAAGUGCAGAAAGUGGAGUUCCAACAUUCAGAGGUGCAGGAGGAUUUUGGAGGAGGUAUAAUGCUCAGGAUAUUGCCACACCUGGAGCCUUUCUUGCCAACCCCUCCUUGGUUUGGGAGUUUUACUCAUAUCGUAGAGACCUGGUGCUGAGUAAGAAACCUAAUCCAGCUCACAGUGCUCUUGCUGAUGCAGAGAAACAGCUGGCUGAUGAAGGCCGUCGACUGGUUGUGAUAACACAAAAUAUUGACGAGCUGCACAAAGAUGCUGGAACCAAAAACUUGUAUGAACUUCAUGGUACCCUGUUUAAGACUCGAUGUACAAAAUGUGGCAGUGUGAAUGAAAACAGGGAUUCUCCUAUUUGUCCAGCUAUGGCAGGGAAAGGAUCCCCAGAUCCUGAUGCUGAAGAUGCCAGAGUUGAAGAGGGAGAACUUCCGAGAUGUAAGAAAUGCACUGGUUUAUUGCGCCCCCAUGUAGUGUGGUUUGGAGAAUCCUUAGAUCCUGAUGUCUUAAUGAAUGCACAGAAGGAAUUAGACAGCUGUGAUCUAUGUCUGGUGAUUGGUACAUCCUCAGUUGUGUAUCCAGCUGCCAUGUUUGCACCAGAAGUUGCUGCAAGAGGCAUGCCAGUAGCAGAGUUUAAUAUUGAAUCAUCAUCAAGCACUGAGAAUUUUGGGUAUGUAUAUGUAUGUAAUAGUUUUUUUUUGUGUGUGUGAACCUUCGUAAAACAC